CGAGGAUGAUGAGUGUGGCUGUCCAGUGGGGAUGUUGAGUUGGCAGAGGAAAUUACAAGGAGAGGACAACGCAGCAGGAGGUGUCAGAAAAGUUACCACAGGGAUAACUGGCUUGUGGCGGCCAAGCGUCGGCUCUUCCUAUCAUUGUGAAGCAGAACUCCCCAAGUGUUGGAUUGUUCACCCAAUAAUAGGGAACGUGAGCUUUGUUUAGACCGUCGUGAGACAGAAAAAUGUCAGUACAGUAAAAAGCCACAUUUGGAGUCCUCAUUUCCAGAAAGUUGGCAUUGAACUUUUAGCUAGCUAGCUAGCUACCGCUGAGCUGAGGCAGAGUGACCGACAGUCAAGGCAAAGCUAAUUCCCAGAUGGCAGAAAAGUGGAACUGCAAUGAGUUUGACAGAUGUCAAGUGGGGGUCGCCACCCCCAGUCCCAAAGACGGUAGGGGUCACAAUCUUUGUGAACACUAACGCCAACAACUACCGCAUCCAGAAGAUCCUCUUCGAGGGCAAAUUCUCCAAAGUCUUUCAGUGCGCUAACCUGUCCACUGGAAAAGAUGCGGCCCUCAAAGUGGUCACCAAACAGAGGGGCGCUAAACUGGAACUUGAUAUGCUAAAAGUUGUGAACGUUCUUGACCCGGAAAAGAAGAACGUUGUGCGCUUCUUUGAGACGUUCACAUUUGAGGGUUACACCUGUCUGGUCUUUGAACUGCUGGACAUGACCUUGUACAACUUGAUGAAGAGGAAGAACUGGACCACACUUUCUCUUGUGGAGAUUCGGCCCAUCGCGCAUCAGCUGCUGACUGCCUUAGAUGCCCUGAAAAGUCUCGGAGUCAUCCACACCAACCUGAAGCUGGACAAUGUCAUGCUGGUCAACUACCAAGCCAAGCCCACCAGAGUGAAGCUCAUUGGCUUCGGCAUGUCCCGCACCAUAUCUGCGGCGCCAGCCUUACUUGGUAAAACCUGUCAGGCUCUGGGCUACAGGGCACCUGAAGUUAUCUUGGGCCUCCCCAUCUCUGAGGCCAUUGACAUGUGGUCUCUGGGCUGCCUGCUGGCAUUCUUGGAUCUGGGUCAGUACCUGUUUGGAGGAGAUAACAAUUCUCUGGUUUUGAAGUACAUGGUCCAGAUUUUGGGUAAAAUACCUGACCACCUCCUCUGUGCUGGCCUGCACACCCACCAAUACUUCAGGCAAAACAAGGAUAGUUUUUUCCCAAAAUGGCAGCUGAAGACCGAGGAGGAGUACAAGGAUAAGAACGGCGACUGGAUCAGUUCUGAGUCUGUGGUGGUGUUGCGUCUAAACAGCUUGGACGAGCUUGUCACAUUCCAUGAAAAGAAAAGAAACUCCAUCAUACUGAAAGAUCGGAGAGCAUUCGUAGACUUCCUCAAAUGUCUUCUUCAAGUGGACGUUGAGCAAAGGAUCAGUCCAGAGAAGGCGCUCCAACACCCGUUUUUGACCAUGGACCAUCUGCACCACAGCAGGCGACUCUACUUCUUAAAAAGCUAUUAUGAAAUGAAGAUGCUGGAAGAAGACUCUCAGCCUGAGGACGUCAUAGGCCGCACACAUGCGGCCUGUCCAACUGGGGACACUAAGGGUGCACAUGACCAAAGUCCAUACGAGGACUCACUGCCCACUGACAGUGCACGUGAUCAGGAUUCGUAUGGGGACCCACUACUCACUGGUAGUCUACGUGAAGAGGGUCUGUAUGAAGUCCAACUUCCCUAUGACAGCGCAUGUGAGGAGGUUGCAGAUGAGGAACCACUGCCUACUGACAGUCGAGAUGAUGAAGGUCCAUGUCCACUUCCCACUGAAAGUCCACUCAAUGAGGGUCUUCCCUUUGACAGUACAAAUGCCGAGGGUCUGAACGAGUAUCCACUACCCUCGGACGGGCCAGGUGAGCAGUGUCACUCUGAAGAACCACAAUCUACUGGCAGUCCACAUGAGGACCUACUUCUCCUUGGCAAUCCACUUGAUAAGGAUCCUGAUAAGUAUUCACUGACCACAGAAAGUGCCCAUGAAGAGGGUCUUUGUGAAGACCCACUGUCUACUGAUAGGCCUAAUGCCAAGGGUGAGAAUGAGUAUCCACUUCCCUCGGACAGUCCAGGUGAACAGCGUUGUUAUGAAGACCCACAACCCACUGACCUACUUCUCCUUGGUAAUCCACCUGAAAAGGAUCUUGGUGAGGACUCACUGCCUGCAGAAAGUUCCCAUUUUGAGGGUCUUCGUGAGGACCCUCUGCCAACUGACAGGCCUAAUGCUGAGGGUGAGACUAAGUAUCCACUUUCGCCGGACAGUCCAGGUGAUCAGGGACGAUAUGAGGACCCAAUGUCCACUGACAGUCCACAUACUGAUUGUCAAGAUGAUGACCAACUUCUCGCUGUUGAUGAAGAUCCAUUUGAGGACCCACUGCUCACUGACCGUGCAAAUCAUAAGGGUCUGUAUGAGGACACAAUGCCCUUUGACUGUGCACUUGAUGAGGGUCCACAUAAGGACCUACUGCUUACUGAUAACGCAUGUACCGAUGAUCCGUAUGAGGAUCCACAGCCCGCUGUGCUUGAUGAAGGUCCACAUGAAUACACUACGUCUGCUUGUGAUGUCAUGCAUCACCAAGGUCCAAGCGAGGACAGACCACCCGCUGACAAUGAAGGUCAAGGUCUAUGUACAAAUUCAUUCCAUUCACCUGGGCAACAUUUCAGUCAUCAAAGGUGUAUUGAUCACAGUUUACCUGAUCAAGGCCCAUGUGUGGAGACUAGCCCCAAAGUUCGCUCUUUUGCUCGAGUUCCUGUUGGUCAAAGCCCUUUCAAGCAAACUCUGCCCAAUGACAGUUCAUGGACUAAGCUGAAGACUAUGUGGCUAAAAAAUAUCAGUCAUCUCUUUGGAUGCAUCAUGAUGACUACAAAGUCGUCAUCUCGUCAAGGUGACCCUGAUCAGGAGUCCAACAGUCAAAGUCCAUGCCAGGACAGAACUCCCAGGUGUGGUGUGUGGGUUUUGCCAAAGAAAAAAACAAUUAACAAAAUUUUACGUUUUUUAAGAAGGAUUACCAAGAAAAGAAAUGCUUCGUCUUGUCAAAAUCCCCCUGAUUGGGCAAAAAACCCUGAAGACUUGAGUAAUGUUACAGAUGCUGUACCUGGUAAAAGGUUAACUGAUCUAGACUUAACUGUUAAAGGUACAGACUUAACUGUUAAAGGUCCAUCCCAGCAGGAAUCCCAGAGUCAAGGUCCAUGUAAGGAGAGUGAAACUCAAGAUCCAAUAUGUUGGGAAAAAGUUCUUACCGAAGGUGGAAGUGACAAGCCACAAAAAUGCAAUUCACUCGGCAAUAUCAGGAGGAUCAAAGUUAACAAAAUUCAUCCCACUGGAUGAAAGUCAAAAGAGGUGCCAGCUAAAAACUCAUGUCAUCAGUUCCACCUUAGCACCAAUCCAGACGCCCAUGAGACAAGGUGGCCAAGACUCGGAGCACAUCCAUGGUUCACUUUCAGCACCAGCAGGUCUGACCACUACUUUUGAACCUCCUGUAAUCUAGCUGGAACCUCUAAAGACUUUAAAGAUGGAACGUCUGUCGAGUAUAGUGUUUUCUCAAAUAGUGGGACCUGAAGCCCCCGCAGGGUCAUAGUGGGGUGAAGGUGGGGUCCCGGGACGCAGAGGGACAAACAUUUAUAUAUUCCUGGUGCAACGUUCCACUCGUCCCUCACUAGGUGGUGUCUGAGUCCAGCCCACUGGACUACACCAAAACAUUGUUUAAACUUUCACAUUUUAACCGAUUCAGUAAUUAUAUGUAUGUGGGACUCUAUACCAGUACUCAACGGUACCCAUUUUCACUAC